AUGGACGUUACGGCAAUAGUGGCUGUUUCGCUGUUCACGAUCAUCUUCGUUGUCGGCGUGCCAGGAAAUUGUUUGGUGAUUUGGGUUUUCGCAAAGAAAUCUCGCAAAACGACAACGUCCUUUUUGAUACUGAGUCUAGCGACCAUCGACCUCUGUGCCUGCUUGAUUGCUCCUAUUCAUCUGGUAAGAUCACUGGGUGGUGUUUUCAUCAAUGCAUUCUUUUGUAAAUUCAGCAUUUACGGUAGCCGUGCCUUUUCCUUUUCGGCGGUUUACCUGACGACAUUUAUCGCACUUGAUCGCUACAUGGCCGUAUGUAAACCUUUGGAGAUUAGAUCAAAUGCGCGUAGGAUCAUUGCAGUGAUUCUAGUGAGCAUCGGACUAGCCGUAUCAGGAAAUAUUCAAUUUGCAUUGUUUGUGAAACCAGUCCAGAUUGGUCCCGUCAAGAAGUGUAUUUACCGAGGUGGACCCGACUGGCUUGAUCUGAGCAAUGAAAUAUUCACCUCUAUAUCGUACCUACUAGCACUGAUUAUCUGCACUUGCGUUUAUGUCAGGAUCUAUCUAGAAAUUCGCAAACAGAUGAAGGUUCGGGCAGGACUUGUAGGAAAUACCGGUCAAAUAUCGCUUAGCGCCCAACGUCCAGGAAAUACAAUCAGCAAUGGUCGCAGAUUUGUAACAACGGAUGGUGACGUCGGGACCAACAAAAGGGUGACAUCAAGAAAAUGUGACCUUCCGAAGCAGGGAGAAACUAUGGCGAUUCUGUCUGGAAAUCAUAUACAGGACGCUAGCAACAGUGUCUCUGACUUAUUUUCCUCUGGAGGCAGCGUUAGUAUAUUGACACGCCCAACGUCCAACGGCAGUCCACCGAUAAACCCUGUGGAGAUGGGAGCCGGACAUCUCCAGCACCCCAAGGCACCCGCCCGUGUACCCCAACAGGACGCUCCGUCUGAAGACUGCUCCACCUAUCCUGAAACCGACAACCAAGACAACGCCGGCCGACCAACAAGGAGAGACAUGGCUAAACCAUCCCAAGGCAAUCGGCAGAGAAAAGAACGCAUCAUGACGCGAAUGUUGCUCGGGACAAACCUCAUCCUAAUCCUGUCCUGGCUACCAUCUUUCAUCCUCACCAAUGUCCCCGAUGAGGCAGUAGCUGCGUACCGCGCGAAGGCAUCACAAGGCAUCGUUGUUGCAUUCUCCUACCAGUUGCGAACCCUUAAUCACAUUGUCGGCAUCUUUGUUUACGCACUCCUUAACGCAAAUUUUAGAAAAGAUUGUAAAGCCAUAUUUUUGAAGUGCAAAAAGUAAAUAUGGCACAUUCGUUCGACGAGGUGUUUGUAAAAUGACUUCGUCUGCGCAUUUUCAUUAAAAAAAAAAUUCGCACAAACCUUGUACUAUGUUAAAAG